AUGGUCGAAUCCUCCUCGGCGUCACCCUCAUCGCUGCGCGCGGAGGCAGCAGAGGUGAUCGCAUUCCCAUCAUCUGCUGCAGAGCAUGACCUCGAGGAGUUCGAGGAGCGCGAUAGGGCGCAGCAGAUCUCCCGCUCCCUAUGGGCACAGCGAGUGAGCGACUUGUGGGGCACAGAACCGCCUUACGAGGAGCAGCCGGAGGACCGCUCUGGCUGGCUACUCGGCACGCUCUUCUAUCAGUGGAUUGGGCAGUACAUCCGCGAGGCGUCACGAGAGCAGCUGACAGAAAGCGGGCUGCCAAAGCCAACGAGACAGUACCGCGCCUACAAUGCCGGUGUCGUGCUGGCGGCGGAGCUGCAGCGCCAGCAAGCGCGCCGCCAUGCGUGGGACGGCUACGUUGGCGCGCGCGUCGGCGUGCGCUGGGACGACGCCAGCGACGGCGUGCUGCGCUGGGUGGGCGCGGUGCAGCAGUACGGCACGCCGGGGCGGCUGUACGCGGGCGUGGAGUGGCGCGUGGCCCCGUCGCGGCGCCGUGGCUGCUGCGUUGGCCGCUGCGUUGGGUGGCUGCUGCGCCGCGGGCGCAGUGCCCCUGUCCCGGAGCGCGGUCCCGGCGCGUAUCACCGCGGCGAGGUGGAUGGCGAGCACCUGUUCGACCCCGUGGAGGACGACACGGUGCUGACGUGCGAGCGAGUCGAGGACGUUGUGUUCCGCCCUGGAUUCCGGGGUGACGCAAGCCAGGUUUCAUCCACGCGAGCGCUGCUAAAGGAGCUGCCGGCGUCCGCGCAGCAGUGUCCCUGCGCCAUUCAGGUGUGGUGGGCGGUGUGGACGCUCUUCCGCCAAAGCAUGCUGCACGUUGUUGUUCUCGGCAUCAUCCGAAGCGGAUGCCAGCUGAUGACUCCUCUUUUGUUGAAGUGGUUUGUGACGUACCUUGGCGGCGUAGGCGAGCACAAAGAUCGGGGCGAGGCUGGCCUCACCGCCACCAUCACUUCCCCCGUUCCUUCGUUAGAUUUCUCCUUUGCGUCGGUGCAGCGUUCCAGCGGUGCGGACUCACUUGACAGCGGUUGGCAGCGCGGCGUAUGGCUUGCGGCGCUCAUGUUCGUCACCAUGGUUGGAGAGACGCUUGCUGGCAACAAGCAGUACCACGUGCGCCGUCGUAGCUCUCUGCAGGUGCGAAACGCCCUCUCGGCCGCUCUGUUUGCGAAGGUCUUCACCAUGUCCCCAAAGGCCACCCACCACCCCGCUUUCAAUGCGGGACGACUGACGAACCUUAUGAGUACGGAUGUGGAGGUGAUGGGCCGGUUCAUCAUGAUGUUUUGGACCCUGGCCUCCACGCCGUUCAUGCUGGCCAUAGUCUUCUACCAGCUCUAUGUGUUGCUGGGUGUGAGUGUGUGCGUCGGCGGAGUGGUGGCGCUUGUAUUCAUGCCCCUGCAAACCUAUAUCGUGAGAAAGAUGAGCUCAAGCUACCGCAGCAAAGCUCAAGCGACUGACCACCGCGUCAAGGCUACGACUGAGUUUUUCUCCGGCAUCCGUGUCGCCAAGUUUAUGUCGUGGGAACCGUUUUUCAUCUCCCGCAUCGAGAAGCUGCGCCGCGUGGAGCUCUCGCAUCUCGAGAAGUUGCAGAGGGCCAUCAUGAUGGUCUUCUUCCAGUUCAACGCGACACCGGGCCUCGUCAUCGCCAGCGUCUUCUUCACGUUUAGCGUGGCCGGCCAUACCCUGACACCCACUAUUGUCUUCCCAGCGAUUGCGCUCUUCAACCUGCUCAUGGGCCUCGCCUCCAUGUUGCCGUUUGCACUGCAGCUCAUGACGAAGCUAUUCGUCUCGCUCCGGCGCUUGAACAUGUUCUUCGACGCCGACGAUGAGCUGGAAUCUGUCGUUGAAGACAUUGCCCUCGCAGCGAGUCGCACAAUGCACACGGACGUCUCCCGCGCAACAGGUACCGACGACGCCCAGCAGCAGACACCGUCAUCCGCUCUAGCUGAUGACGUUGCAGCCGAGUUUGUGCACGCAGACCUCAGCACAUAUGUCGCUCAGGAGCUUACGAAAACGGAAGGCGCACCGGAGGCAAAUAGCGCCGGACACGUCGCUGUCGAUCGGUCACCGGUACCCGAAACCGACGCUUCGCUGCCAGAUCGCCAGCCCUCACCCUCACCCGCAGUGCCAGCUCCGGCAGAUCCAGUGACGCAGCCCUUGUCGUCGUCUGCCCAGAAAGGCAUCGCUGAAAUAACCUUCAACGAGGACUCCAUCUACGUUCUCAAGACAAAGACGCUGGUUACGGACGUGGACCUGCGCGUGCCGCGCGGGCGGCUGACGGUGGUGCUGGGGCCGACGGGCAGCGGCAAGUCCACGCUGCUGGACGCGCUGAUCGGCGCGCUGGCGGUGACGCGCGGCCGCGUGGCGUGCUCGCGCAGCGUGGCCUACGUGCCGCAGCAGCCGUGGAUCAUGAACGCGACGCUGCGCGACAACGUUGUGUUCUUCGGCGCGCCGGACGCGGCGGCCUUCGAGCGCGCGGUGCGCAGCACCCAGCUGGCCUCGGACCUGGCGCUGCUGGCGGACGGCGCGGGGACGGAGAUCGGCGAGAGAGGCAUCAACCUGAGCGGCGGGCAGAAGGCGCGCGUGGGUCUUGCGCGCGCCGUGUACGCGGACCGCGACGUGUACGUGCUGGACGACCCGCUGUCGGCGCUGGACGCGCAGGUGGGCGAGCGCGUGAUGCGCGAGUGCGUGUGCGGCGCGCUGGCCAGCAAGACGCGCGUGCUGGCCACCCACCAGGUCGGCGCCGCCGCCUACGCGGACUACGUCGUCGUGCUCACCGCCGACGGCCGCGUUGCGUUUCAAGGGAGUAGUGAGGCCUACUGCAAGGAUCACCUAGCGCGGCAAGUGAGCGAGCGUGGCGCCGCUGCUAGCGAGGGCACUGCGGGUGCUGCUGAGGAUGAACCCCCUGUGGCUAGCAUCACAGCGGAGAAGAGGUUGAGUGAUUUGAUGAGGGAAGAGCCUCCGGCAGCGGAUACGACGUUGACAGAUGUCUCGGAGGCAGAGGGGCACGCCUCAGAAGACAAAGGAAAGCUGCUGACAGAAGAGGAACGCUUUAGGGGAGCAGUGGGGUGGGACGUUUAUGUGCGUUACAUGAAGGCAUGCGGCGGCGUCAGCGUGUGUGCGAGUAUCGUGGCACUCUAUCUCGCGACGGAGGUGGUCAUGAUGUCGACUUCCAUAUGGCUGGCGCUGUGGUCCACCAAGUGGCUUCCGCUAUCCGCGACGCAGUACAGUUUCAUCUACGUCGGCCUUUCCUUUGCCAGCGCGCUGACAACGCCACUCCGCUACUGGCUUUCCAUGAGUGUGAUGCGGCGAGCCAGUCGCAAGGUCCACCAGGACCUCCUCCGCUCCGUGGCGUGCGCCACGCUGCAGUUCUUUGACACGACGCCACUCGGCCGCAUUGUCAACCGUUUUACCAACGACAUGGGCAACAUCGACAGCGACCUGCAAGGCAGCUACAGCUAUCUACUCUCCACCGUCUCCACGUUCUUCUCCACCGUGGCGAUGAUGGUGGCAACGCAGAUUUUCGUGCUUGGUAUCCUUAUACCCUGCAUGGUGGCGUACUACUACCUUCUGAAGUUCUACGCACGCGCGAACCGCGAGAUCAAGCGCCUCGUGAAUCGAGUCAACUCCCCAAUGCUUUCUGUCCUGCAGGAAGCGGUUGGUGGUCGCUGGACGGUGCAGGCGUACGGCGCUGCGCCGGCGGUCAUCCAGAAGGCGAUUCGAUGUGCUGAUGUCGUCUACACCUGCUCGUACCUGCAACUCGGCGCGGAGCUGUGGCUUUCUGUGCGCAUCCAGCUGCUGAGCACCUCCAUCACUCUCGCCGUGGCACUGGGAGCCGUAGCGGCCAUGCACCUCUCGUUUCUGCCGUCGCACAUCGGCCUUCUCUCCCUCAGUCUCACCCUGGCCCUCGAGAUCAGCAGCCUCCUGGACGGCAUCGUCACUGUGCUUGCCUCCGUGGAGGCGGAUAUGAACAGCAUUGAGCGCGUGUUUUAUAUGACAGACCACAUCGAGCACGAGGACUUGCAGGAGGCCGUCGCAGCGGAGGUUCGGCGCAUCAAUGAGGAUGCACACGGCACUGAGCGACGGGAUGCCGGGGCCUUGGCAGAGUGUGAGGAACCUGCUGGCCUGGAUAACUCAAGCUCGCCGCUUCUCAUCCGUCAAUCAGGCAACACCCAGUUCGGAUCACUUGUGCUGGAGCACGUGGACAUGCGGUACCGACUGGGGCUGCCGCUGGUGCUGCGCGACGUGUGCUUCGCGGUGGCGCCGGGGCAGAAGGUGGGCGUUGUGGGGCGCACCGGCAGCGGGAAGUCGACGCUGCUGCUGGCGUUCCUGCGACUGGUGGAGGUGUGCGGCGGCCGCAUGCUUGUGUGCGGGCGCGACGCGCGCGACUACGGCGUGCGCGAGCUGCGCGGGCUCUUCUCGAUGAUCCCGCAGGACCCGCUGCUGUUCGACGGCACGGUGCGCAGCAACGUGGACCCCUUUGGGCGGUGCGGCGACGCGGGUGUGUGGCGCGCGCUGCGGCAGGUGGGGAUGGAGGAGCGCGUGCGCGGGGAUGCGGGCGGGCUGGACGGGCGCGUGCAGGAGGGCGGCGCCAACUACAGCGUGGGCCAGCGCCAGCUGCUGUGCCUGGCGCGCGCGCUGCUCAAGCGCGGCAGCGCCUUCCUGCUCAUGGACGAGGCCACCGCGAACGUCGACCCCGCGCUGGACCGCCAGAUCCAGCGCACCGUGCAGCACACCUUCCGCGACUACACCGUCGUCACCAUCGCGCACCGCCUGCACACCGUCGCCGCCUGCGACGUCAUCGUCGUCAUGGACCAGGGCCGCGUUCUCGAGUUCGGCUCGCCGCGCGAGCUGGUGGAGCGCCAGGGAUCCGCUUUUAGCGCGUUGGUGGGGUCGCUCGGCAGUGAUGGUGAACAACUGUUUAGGAUGAUGAUGCGAGGUUCGUUGGCAGAAUAG